AUGGCACCUAACCCUAAAAACACAACACUCCUAAAAUUUAUCAACUCCAUCCAUGCUGAUAUUGAAACGUUCAUUGACAAUUCCCCCCUCCUGAAAGAUAAAUACAACUGCACUCCCGAAGAAUUCAAAAGUCUAAAAAACCUUUCAAAAAACAAAGACUUAGUAAUUAAAAAAGCCGAUAAAGGUGGCUCAAUCGUCAUUAUGAACAAAUAUGAUUACGUUGACAAAGUACGCAAGCACCUUGACAAUAAAACGUACUAUUCAAAGAUCUUGACUGAUCCGACAAAGGAUCUUAUUACAAACAUACACAGCUUUAUUGAAACUUUACUCUAUCAUCACAAAAUAGAUAAAAACACAGCGAAAUUCAUAACACCUACCAGCCCCAUCCGAAUGCCACUUUUUUAUAUAUUACCUAAAAUUCACAAGGAUGGCAACCCUGGUAGACCAAUUGUAUCAGCUGUGAAUUCACCUACGGAAAAUAUAUCAGAAUUUUUAAAUCUUUGUUUACAACCACUCCUACCCAAGCUGAAAUCCUAUAUAAAGGAUACGAAACACUUUAUCACACGCAUAAAUAACCUACCAAAAAUAAAGAAAAAUGCUAUUUUAGUGUCGGCAGACGUUACGUCGCUUUAUACCAACAUACCACACAAAGAAGGUGUGGACGCGUGUAUACACUUCAUGAAUAUCUUUCAGCGUCACCUACCAAACUUUACACCAAACGAACAAGUUACACGCGUACUGUUCUCCUUUAUUUUGGAACACAACUAUUUUCAGUUCCUUGACGAAAUUUUUCUACAACUAAUAGGAACUGCUAUGGGAACGAAGGUUGCACCACCAUAUGCAUCUCUUUUUCUCGGCCUGUUCGACGAAACACACAUAUUUAAAAGGUUUCCAGGCCUUCUUACAAUUUACCUCCGCUUCUUAGAUGACAUUUUUUUCAUAUGGGAGCAUGGAGAAAACAAACUCAAGGAGUUCUUUACGUACCUCAAUUCAGUACACCCAACAAUAAAGUUUACGUAUAAAUUUUCCAUCGAGGAAAUAGAUUUUCUGGAUACCACUGUCUAUCUCGAUCCAGCAACGGGAGACCUCAAAACAAAGCUAUACAUCAAACCUACUGACACACGAACGUUAUUGCACUACAACUCCUACCAUCCAUAUCACACGAAACAGAGUAUUGUUUACUCACAAGCCCUGCGCUAUCGUAUGAUAACGAAAGAUAAUAUACUACUUCAAAAAGAGUUGGACCAACUUAAAAACAACUUACUAUUGAGGGGCUAUAAGUUCCGUAUGGUCAACUCAACGUUUAAACAAGUUUUAAAUAUGAACCAGGAGGACGUACUUAACAAUAACGUAAAGAAACUCAAAGACAAUAAAAACAACGACAGCGCCAACGGGAGAAAAAUUAAUAACAAAAAGAAACGGAGCAAAAUCGACGGAAUAAGCAGCAGCGUCCAUAACAAUGACGUUUUGCCCUUUAUCAUCCCUUAUCAUAGAGCGUUUAUUCCUGUAAAAAAUAGUUUCAGGAAACAUUGGUCAAUCAUUAUAAAUGACAGAGAACUGCAUAAAGUUUUUCCAAACAAACCAUUUAUUGCAUUCACAAGACACAAAAACAUCCAGGACCACCUUGUCCGGACGAAAUUGGGGACUGGUGACUAA